GUUUUAUUUAUGAGGAGAAGAUACGUUUGAAAAUCGCCGAAUAUAGGCAGAGACCUUAGCCAGUUUCAUCAUCUUCCCGUCGGAGAAUCAAUCAAUAAUCACAAGAAGAGAGGAAAGGGUUAGGGCUGGGCUGGGCGAGCGAUCCUCUGUUCUAGCCCUGACCUCAUAGCCUCUCUCAAUAUAUUUUCUCCGCUGCUUGAAUUAUUUGUCUCGCCUGAUAAUUUCAUCGUCGCCUGUUUUGCGUUGUUGUGUCUCUCUUUACCUGGCGUUGAAAUUGCAUUUCUUGCUUGAUCAUAUUGCAGAUUUACGUUAUAUAUUUAUAUCGAUUUAUUUAAGGGAAUAAAAUGAGCAGCCAGGUUGUUCCUCCGCCUCCGAGGCGCAGCAGUAUGGCCCAGAAGCGCAGCACCUCCGCCGUGAAGAAGUCUGCGGCGCCUCCUUCUGAGAACGGCUCCAUGGGUAAUGGAACCAACAACGCCAAACCGUCCUCGCCUCCCAGCUCGUCUGCUGCUGUUGAGCGCACUGUCAAGAAACUUAGGUUAUCCAAGGCUCUUACAAUUCCUGAGGGAACUACUGUGUCAGAUGCCUGUAGGAGAAUGUCUGCUAGACGUGUUGAUGCCGUUCUUCUGACUGAUGCUAAUGCUUUACUUUCGGGGAUUGUAACUGAUAAGGAUAUAGCUACCAGAGUGAUAGCUGAGGAGUUGAGGCCUGACCAGACAGUAAUUUCAAAAGUGAUGACCAGAAAUCCUAUUUUUGUGAACUCAGAUACUUUGGCUAUUGAUGCUUUGCAGAAGAUGGUCCAAGGGAAAUUUCGGCACCUCCCUGUUGUUGAGAAUGGUGAAGUUAUAGCAAUGUUAGAUAUCACAAAAUGCCUCUAUGAUGCCAUAACAAGAAUGGAGAAGGCUGCAGAGCAGGGUAGUGCUAUUGCAGCAGCAGUUGAAGGUGUUGAACGGCAAUUUGGAAGCAAUUUCUCUGCACCAUCUGCCUUUAUAGAAACACUGAGGGAACGGAUGUUCAAGCCUUCUCUAUCUACUAUUAUUUCAGAGAAUUCUAGGGUUGCAGUUGUAUCACCCUCCGAUCCUGUUUACGUUGCUGCUAAAAGAAUGCGUGAAUUAAGAGUCAAUUCAGUAUUAAUUACGACAGGAAACAGCAUUCAGGGGAUACUCACCUCGAAGGAUAUACUCAUGCGAGUUGUGGCCCAAAAUCUCUCGCCUGAGUUGACUUUAGUUGAGAAGGUAAUGACGCCAAAUCCUGAAUGUGCAACAGUAGAGACUAGUAUUCUUGAAGCUUUGCAUGUAAUGCGUGAUGGGAAGUUUUUACAUCUUCCUGUUGUGGACAAAGAUGGGUGUGUUGCUUCCUGUCUGGAUGUUCUGCAGAUAACUCAUGCAGCAAUUUCAUUGGUUGAAAGUACAUCUGGCUCUGCUAAUGAUGUUGCGAAUACCGUGAUGCAAAAUUUCUGGGAUUCAGCACUUAAUUUGGAGACCCCUGAUGAUUAUGAGACAAUGAGUGAAAUGUCUAUGUCGCAAUACAACCCAUCAGAGGCCGCAGAACAUGCAAAAUCUGCAUACCCUUCUCUUGGUCUUGGGAAUUCAUUUUCAUUCAAAUUCACAGACCUUAAGGGCCGGUGGCACCGGUUUACUUUUGGCGCGGAUAAUUUAGGUGAGCUUGUUUCUGCUGUUGUGCAACGGCUUGGUGCAUCCAAUCAUGACACUCACCCUCAACUUUUGUACGAAGACGAUGAAGGCGACAAAGUUCUGCUCACAGCUGAUGCAGAUCUUGUCAGUGCUGUAACCCAUGCUAGAUCAGUUGGACAAAAGGUUUUGAGGUUGCACCUGGACUACACUGACUCGCCUCAAGAGACGAUGAAGCAAUUGCCGGAGAAAUCUGAGGUUAUGACCAUCGAGAAAACUAGAUCAUCAUCCUCACUCCGAUACGGGAUAUUUGCAGGCGCAGCAGUCGUUGCAAGCAUCGGCGUAGUUGCCUACUUGAAGCGCGCAAACAUAUGAUAUUGGAGCAGUGAACUGGUGAUGUACCACUGCUCUUUGGUAUUUAUGUGUUAGUGAAAUUCAGAUUUUAGCUCUCAACAGACGCAGUCUUGUCUGUAAACUUACUGCCUUUUGUUAAUUCUGAAAGCAGAUUACAAAUUUUGUAAAAUUCUGAAUGCCACAGUUACAUAAGAGGUAAGAACUCAGAAGGGUAAGUAAUUUUCUGUCAUAAAACAACACAAGCCCAUAAUUCUGGCAAACAAACAAUCAAUCAAUUAUUCCAUUUUUGUAUCA